UAGUGCGCAGGUCUGUGUCGUUGACUCUAAGCCUGCCAGCCUCAGUGACACUGCAUCAAAGCCGUGGUGUUUGUAUAGUCGGAGUGAAAGUGUAGCUGGAAGUGGGAUCUGAGGGGUCUGUUUCCCCCCCCCUCCAAUUAAUUUAUUAAGUCUAAAACUUCAAACACGGUAGACAUGGCCCCGGAUAAAUAGUCGAAGAGUCGGAGUUCUCUAUGGCGGUGAUGUCCUACACGAAUGUCUUUGUGUUCAAUGUCCACUGUGCUGUGAAAUAGUGCCAGGUUGUCAGUUUCUCCAGGUGCUGGUCGCUUUGGCAGAGCUGCAGUAGUGUUAGUGUACGGACUGCCACUGCACACCGUGUUAGCUGAUUUCGCUUUGACCGAGGCUGUGGCUGCUGCUGCAGGCCCUUCAAUCAGAUAUGGGAAUCCUCUUCACCAAACUAUGGAGGCUUUUUAACCAUCAAGAGCACAAAGUCAUUAUUGUGGGUUUAGAUAAUGCUGGGAAGACAACAAUUCUAUAUCAGUUUUCAAUGAAUGAAGUGGUGCACACGUCCCCGACCAUAGGCAGUAAUGUUGAAGAGAUUGUAGUCAAUAAUACACAUUUUCUAAUGUGGGACAUUGGAGGCCAGGAGUCUCUUAGAUCCUCUUGGAAUACCUACUAUACAAAUACAGAGUUUGUAAUUGUUGUCGUGGACAGCACAGACAGAGAGAGGAUUUCCGUAACAAGAGACGAACUCUACAGAAUGUUAGCACAUGAGGAUCUUAAAAAAGCAGGGUUGCUGAUAUUUGCAAACAAACAGGAUGUCAAAGGCUGCAUGUCAGUAGCUGAAAUCUCCCAGUACCUGAAGCUGACCUCUGUUAAGGAUCACCAGUGGCACAUUCAGGCUUGUUGUGCGCUUACUGGAGAAGGGCUUUGUCAAGGACUGGAAUGGAUGAUGUCUAGACUUCGAAUGAGAUGACCUCAACCAACCGCGUAAAUGAACGGUUUCCUCUCUGAUGCUUGCCUUUCUGUGAAGGCUUCAGUGAACCCCAGUGGGUCUUGCGGUUAUUUAUUAUAUAGACUAAAUGAACGGACCCCUCUUCAGAACCGUGAACAACAUUUUUUUUAACAGAACAAGACACAUUUUUUUGAACUUGUUUUAUUUCUCUCCUUUCAAAGAUGGAAAUGAACAAUAGGGCUAUGUAAACUGUAUAUCCCAGUUUAAUGCAGCUCGGGGUAGACCUAGCAUUUGGUAAGUAUUGGAGAAGAACAAUAAUUAUGGCCCUGUCUUUACAGUAUUUAGCAUUACUUUGUGCCUGCCUCAUAACGCUUCAAAGAUACUGAAAGAAGCUGGUCUUGAAAAUAUCACUUUUACCUAUCAAAGAUGUGCAGAUAGUUCUGUGAGACCAAGGGAGAACAGUGGUCAGUAUACUCUACUGUGGCAUCCAACCACAAGGUUUUGUAUGUAUUCAUGUCGCUGUAUUCUUUGAUUUCAGAGGGAUGGGAGAAUAAGUAUUGUGACCUGGACCCUCAAUCUUAAAUGUUAACUCUUUUAUCUGCUGCACUAUUGCAGUAACCAUGGUGUUUAUUUUUUAUUUUUUUUAUAUAAUGCUAUUCUGUCCCUGUUUUGUUGUCUGUAAUAACUUCUGAGUAUUGCCAUGUGUAAUGAGCAGCACCAAAAAUAAAUAGGCUUUGUUGUUUUGAAUGACCAGCAUUGUAAUUAAAGAGGUGUCUUCCCCUUUUCUGGGGGUCCGUUCCAGGAUCGAAGUUUCUGCAUUUCAAAGCUUGAUGAACUUUGUUCUUUUUCCGCCUUUAUUUUCUUUGUGUACCAGGUUGUAUUGAGCCUGGAAUGCCAUGACAGCGAACAGACUUCUCUCCAAUAAUGUGUACUGUACAUUGUUACAUGGUUUACAUGUGGAGCUUUUACAUCUGUUGUGAUUAAACCUUAAAAC